AUGACAGCCAUGAAGGAGCAGCAGGCAGCGCCGAACCCGGGCAGCCGGGGGAGCCAGCAGCAAGACCAGGAGCUUGGAAGUAACAGCCCUCCGCAGAGGAAUUGGAAGGGAAUUGCAAUUGCACUGCUGGUGAUUCUAGUUGUAUGUUCACUCAUCACUAUGUCUGUCAUUCUUUUAACCCCAGAUGAACUUACAAAUUCAUCAGAAACCAGAUUGUCUUUAGAAGAUCUCUUCAAAAAAGAGUUCAUAGUUCAUAAUCCAGAAGCCAAAUGGAUUAAUGAUACAGAAGUGGUGUAUAAAAAUAGGAAUGGACAUGUUGUUAAACUGAAUGUAGAAACAAAUACAACCACGUUAUUAUUGGAAAAUACAACUUUUGUAACUUUCAAAGCAUCAAGAUACUCAGUUUCACCAGAUUUAAGAUUUGUUCUUCUUGCAUAUGAUGUCAAACAGGUUUUUCAUUAUUCUUAUACGGCUUCAUAUGUGAUUUAUAACAUACAUACAAGGGAAGUUUGGGAGUUAAACCCUCCAGAAGUAGAGGAUUCAAUUUUACAGUAUGCGGCAUGGGGUGUACAAGGAGAGCAGUUGAUUUAUAUUUUUGAAAAUAACAUCUACUAUCAGCCUGAUGUAAAGAGUAGCUCAUUGCGACUGACAUCCUCAGGAAAAGAAGGAAUCAUUUUUAAUGGAAUCGCAGACUGGCUCUAUGAAGAGGAGCUUCUUCACUCUCACGUUGCCCACUGGUGGUCCCCGGAUGGAGAAAGGUUGGCAUUCCUGAUGAUAAAUGACACUUUGGUACCAAACAUGGUUAUUCCUCGGUUUACUGGAGGUCUGUAUCCCAAAGGAAAGCACUAUCCAUAUCCUAAGGCAGGUCAAACCAACCCAACGAUAAAGCUGUUUGUUGUCAAUCUAUAUGGACCAACACAUACACUGGAACUCAUGCCGCCUGACAGCUUUAAAUCAAGAGAAUACUACAUCACCAUGGUAAAGUGGGUAAGCAAUACCAGGACUGUGGUGAGAUGGUUAAACAGACCACAGAACAUUUCCAUUCUUACGGUUUGUGAGACCACGACUGGGGCUUGUAGCAAGAAAUAUGAGAUUACAUCAGAAGUGUGGCUUUCUAAACAGAAUGAGGAGCCAGUUUUCUCCAAAGAUGGAAGUAAGUUCUUUAUGAUAGUCCCAGUGAAACAAGGUGGCCGGGGUGAAUUCCACCACAUAGCCAUGCUUAUUGUUCAGGCUAAAACUGAACAAAUCAGUGUGAGACACCUGACAUCAGGAAACUGGGAAGUUAUCAAAAUCCUGGCAUAUGAUGAAAAUACUCAAAAGAUUUAUUUUUUAAGCACUGAAGAUUCCCCAAGAGGAAGACAGCUACAUAGUGUAUCAACUGUUGGAUUACUGAACCGCCAGUGUCUUUCAUGCAACUUCAUGAAAGAUCAGUGCACAUACUUCAGUGCGAAGUUUAGUCCUAUGAACAAGCAUUUUUUACUACAUUGUAAAGGACCAGGCGUUCCAGUUGUUAGCGUGCACACUACAAGUAACCCUGGAAAAUUUUACAUAUUGGAAAAUAAUGCUGUGUUGAAAGAAACUAUUUUAAAGAAAAAGAUUUUCCGGACAGAAAUAAAAAUGCUUCACAUUGAGGAUUAUGAACUUCCUUUACAGUUGUCAUUUCCAAAGGAUUUCACAGAUCGAAACCAGUAUGCUGUUCUGUUAAUAAUUGAUGAAGCUCCAGGCAGCCAGCUGGUUACAGAUAAGUUUCACGUUGACUGGGAUUCGGUGCUUGUCAACUCUGAUAAUGUCAUCGUAGCUCGAUUUGAUGGCAGAGGGAGUGGAUUUCAAGGCCUUAAAAUUCUACAGGAAGUCCAUCGUUGCUUAGGUUCAGUGGAAGUGAAGGACCAAAUAGCAGCUGUAGAAUCAUUACUGAAACAACCAUUCAUAGAUCCUAACCGACUGAGCAUAUUUGGAAAGGGAUAUGGUGGAUACAUUGCAUCAAUGAUCCUGAAAUCCAAUGAAAGACUUUUUAAAUGUGGAACCGUUAUUGCACCAAUCACAGACAUGAAGUUGUAUGCUUCGGCUUUUUCAGAAAGAUACCUUGGCAUUCCAUCUAAAGAGGAAAAUACGUAUCAGGCAUCCAGUGUACUGCACAAUAUUCAUGGUUUAAAAGAAGAGAAUUUGCUAAUAGUUCAUGGGACAGCUGAUACUAAAGUCCAUUUCCAACACUCAGCAGAACUAAUUAAACAUCUAAUAAAAGCUGGAGUUAAUUACACUAUGCAGAUCUACCCAGAUGAAGGUCAUAACAUUGCAUCUGAGAAAAGCAAAUAUCACCUUUACAGCACAAUCCUUGGGUUUUUUAGUGCUUGUUUAAAGGAGGAAGCCCCAAUUUUACCACAGGAACCUGAAGAGGAUGAAUAA